CAGCACUACAAUUACCUCAUCCACAACUUCUCCUCAUGGCUCCGACCAACGCUCAAUUGCAACACUCUGCUGUUUUCAACAACAAAGGGUUCUGCAACGCUGCUGUCUACUCUAGAUAUCUCCGUCGAUUUCGUGAUCGACCCAUCUAUCCAUCACUUUCCAUCCAUCCAUCUAGCUUUUCCAAGUAUGACAUGAACAUUCCAUCUCUCCUUCAUUGUCUUGGAUGGGAGUCUUUGGUGGAAAAUAUGAGGUUCAGCUAUUGUCCAGAAGCUGUUCGUCUGUUUUAUGUCAACAUUCAGAAAGGUCCUGGGCCAGUCCCGACCUUUUUCACCACAAUGGUCUUCAACUUUGAAGUCAAAGUCACUACGGAAUUGCUGGCAACAGCUCUUAAUCUCCCUCAUGCUGGUCUCCAUGCUGGCACUGACAGCGAAUUUGGAGCACUGGGGUUUGACCUUCAGGGUGCCUUGCAAUCGGUCACUCGUGACAUAGGUCAAUAUUUUCCCUCUCGACUUGCUGCUGGUCGACUACCUGAUGAUCUUAAGGUUCUUCAUUUUUUCCUUACUAGGAGCUUUCUGCCCCGAGAUCUCUCUAGUACUGAUAUUCUUAGCACAUCUGACUUAUGGGUGCUUUCUCAUGCUCAAGCUGGUACUGUCAUCAGUUAUGCCUCUCUCAUGUUCCACCAUAUGAUUCGGUUUGGGAUGGAAUACUUUGACGGUCCUUUGCCAUUUGGUCCCCAAAUCACCCGGCUUUUAUCCUUCCUCCGCAUUGACUUGCAUGACAAGCUGCAUCAAUGUAACGUUCUGGACGAUCUUCGUCCCCAGCAUGUGCUGGCUAAGCUGGAUGCAUUGGUAGGGCCCCGUAAGCCUCUAACUGGCUCAGGGGGAGCAAUUGUUGGUCCUGCAUCUUAUGCAUCAGGGAGAUUAGUUGGAGCACUUGUUGAUGCUGCUGUUACUGUUAUCAAGCGUGAAUCAUCAGCAGAAAUAGAGCAGUCUGCCAAACUGAAGAAACUUAGGAAGGAAGAUCUGAUGUGGCCAAAGUUUAUGUAUGAAUCUGGAACUAUCAAUGAUCCGAUCAGUUCUGAUUCAGAAUCUAGUGAGUCUAGUGAUGAUGAUGUCGUGUCUGAAUAUGAGUCCCCACCGAAAUAUCCAUUCUAGUACAAAAUAGAAUGAGUAUACUAGUGGAUGUUUAUUAAGAGCUUGGGAUGUUUGUUUCAAAAGUUGAAUAAUGAAGUUAUGAAUAAAGG